UCCGGCACUGGCUCCUCCCCCUCCCCGCCCCCAAGGGCGGGCCCUGGCGGCUCUGACUCUUUGGAACCUAGGAAAAAGGGCGAGGCACGUGGGUGAGAGGAAAAACCCGACAAAUCUUUGGCGUGUCAUGCACUGUCAGCAACUGGUUUUAAAGCCUGGACUCCAAAUCCGCUCUAGCGCAGUACCAGACCGGGUUUUCUCUAGCGCUCUAGGACAGGGAAGAGCCCUAGCCCGCCUUGUGUAAGACCCGGCGUGGGGCGGGAGGCGUGCCCGCGUGCUCGGCCCCGAUUGGCCGCUGGGAGCAGCGCGGGGUUUGGCGGGAGCUUCAGGAGCUGCGCGGGCGCAGGGAGCUGUGGGCUGUGAUGGCCCAGCCGGGACGAGUACCGCGCUCAGGUGUGAGAUAUUCAGAGAACACUGUAGGAAGAACACAGUCCAUGAAAGAUAAACCUGGCCGAAAGCACAAGCCUAUUGAUGUGUUUGAUUUUCCUGAUAAUUCUGAUAUCUCAAGCAUCAGCAGACUGGGCGAAAAUGAGAAAGAUGAAGAACCCUAUGAAACCUUUGACCCUCCUUUACACAGCACUGCAAUCUAUGCUGACGAAGAAGAAUUCUCCAGACACGUCGGGCCAUCUCUCCCCUCAACACCUCAAGGAAAAGAAGUGAGAAGUUCAGACACGUCUGAAAUUGAAGAAAGUGAAAACGAGUCUGUGAAAAUUAGUGCAAAGAAGCCGGGAAGAAAACUUAAGCCCAUUAGUGAUGAAUCUGAAAGCACUGAAGAAAGUGAUGUAAGAAAAGUUAAACCAGCAGAGAACAUAAGCACACAACAGCAUGAAGCUGUUGCAGCAACGGCAUCUUCAGAACUUUCCGCGAAACCAGCUGAAUCAGUUCCUCCUAAAAAGACAGCACCCCUGAAUGCUGAGUCCUCUGUUGAAAAAGAGAUUCUGGUAAAAGAAAGUCAACUGAAAACUCAGAGAAAGGAGAAGAUGUCUCAUGGCAAAAGGAAGAAAUCAAGAAAUGAAGCCAACGACUUGGAUACUUCUGACUGUGUACCUAUUUGGUGUUUAAAAGAAAAGAAAACCAGUGACAUCGUGGACUUAGAUGUUGUUUUGUCUGCAUUUGAGAACAUCAUCCUAGAGUAUAAACAAAAAAUAGAUUCUAGAAUUUGUAAGGAAGCUAUCAACAAAUUUCAUUCUAAUUUGAAAGAAGAACUCAUCAAAAUGCUUAAAGAACUCCAGAUGCUACAAACUCUCAAAAGGAAGAAGGCUAAGAUGAUUUCAGAUAUCGAAAAGAAACGGCAGCGUUUGAUUGAAGUCCAGGAUGAACUGCUUCGGUUAGAACCAGAGCUGCAACAACUACAAAUAAAGUAUGAUGAACUUAAGGAGAGAAAAUCUUCCCUUAAGAAUGCAGCAUAUUUCUUAUCCAAUUUAAAACAGCUUCAUCAAGAUUAUUCAGAUAUUCAAGAGAAAGAACCAAAUGCAAAGGAAAUGUAUGAUUCAUCUAGCCUUCCAGCUCUGCUAUUCAAAGCAAGACCUCUUUUGGGAACUGAAAACCAUCUUCGAAAUAGCAACUAUCAAUUGGAAAAGCUCCUUGACCAGAAAUGAACCAGUUUACUAAAGUGUACA